AUGGCACUAGCGAGUUAUUUUUAUCACAAAAAUACACCCAUAACAGACAUUCAUAAAACACUAAGUGGCGAACGCGCUCAGAUUUUGUUGUGGAAAACUUUGGGCGGUUGUACACAAGAUGGAUAUUCUUAUAAAUGUGAAAGCGAAGUUGAUGGAAAAACUACAAGUGUUGGUGUAACAUUGGUGAAAUGCAAACCACCAACAAUUAAAAUUGAACUGACCAUUGAAGCGAUAGGGUUAAAUUACGAGAAAGAAUUUGACUCUUCGACAGAUAUUCCAAUCCCCGGUGCAUCACUUGGUGGACUUGCUGGUCUGUACAUUAAUGUUCAGUUGAAAGAUGAUUCUAACGAUAACUUACACAUCAAGAAUUCCUUGCGUGGUGGUAUUCACAAAGUAAAACGAUAAGAAUUGUAAUCAUAGUUGGAGCAAUCUCACUGGUUAUUGCAUUAUUUUCUGGCGGCUGUUGUUGUUGGCGUUGUCGCAAAAAAACACAAGUUGUCAUUACACCGGCGAUGGCACCAGCCAACACGAUGGUGGUAAAUACACCAAAUAAUAUGCAAAUGACAGCGCCACCACCAUAUGCCUCAAGUUCGAAACUUCCCUAUUCGAAAUUACAAGAAUACAAUUGACAAAGCUUUACUCCAAAUCAGGUUUAUAUAACUAGCUACAAAAAGUAGCUACAAAUUAUACGUAGUUAUUUUUACUUGUUAUUAAAUGAGUGUUUAGAAAUUGGAAAAGUGUACGCUAAACGUGUAUCUGAUGUUUAGGCAGGGUUGAAUCAUUUGAAUUUUAACUAAUUUUUACCUGAGAACAUUGAUUUUUUGAAGAAUAUGAAGAAAUUAGUUUGACGUGUACAAACCGGGAGCGUCGACUGAUCACAACCUCGUUCCUAGGGCAUUUUGCGUUGUUGUUGAAGUUGAUAGCGGUCUCCAGCUCAGGGACUAUAAAUCCCCGGGAAGAAGGUUGGAGUGAUUUGCAAUUUCAGUACUUGACGAUACCUGAAUACUAGUACUUUUUAAUUUAACUUUUUUCGCAGGAAGGAGGGAAAUGGUGUGUAAUCAGAACGCUGGAACGUUUGCGUAAACUGUGAUUUUAUAGUCAUCCCUGUGUGUCUGUAUUGUAUUGCAUCAGCCACGUUAUCAUUAUUGACCGUUAAUAGGGCGUUAUGAGGGCAUUAGGGGGCGUUAUGCUCGAAGUUAUCUAUGUCCGGAAUAUGGUUUCCACAGUCAUAGAAAAGAGAAAAGGAAACAGAUUGUUUUUUCAUAUAUUAGGAUCAGAAAAUUUCAGGGAACGCGGCAACAGGGUGGUGGCACAUGUUUUUCCUAAAUUUUAUAAUACUUUUAUAUAGAGUAUUUGUUAUGUAACUAACGAUUAGAAAUCAGUUUUAAAAAAAGAACACAUAGUUUACUUUCUUUUUCAAA